UCGAUCAAGAGCUGGACUUCACCUGGGCAACAUGCACCAAAAGCUUCCUUCCACUCGUCGUGUGUUUCGCCGAACAGACAACCACAACCCUGGCGCAGCAAAAGUUCAACUCGUCAUUGAAGACCUUCCAGCCACUCUCCCACCAACCUCGGUUCUUAUCAAAGUCCAUACUGUAUCUCUCAACUAUCGCGACGCGAACAUCGCGAACGGCGGUAAUCCCUGGCCAGUUACACCCCAUGGAAUCCCGUGUAAUGAUGCCGCUGGCGAAGUGAUAGCCACGGGAUCGGGAACUAUCGAUAUCAGAGUUGGUGACAAAGUAGCACCUAUUACAGACACGGAAAAUUUAACAGGCAGAGAAAACGCGAGAAGCUGGCUUGCUGCGGACGAAGACGGUGUUCUCGCUGAUUAUCUGGUUUUCGAUGAACGUAAGGUGUGCAGGCUUCCCAGUCAUCUGAGCUGGGACGAAGCUUCCUUGAUUCCCUGUGCUGGGGUCACAGCUUGGAGUGCGCUGAAAGACAUUGGGUUUGGAGGGAGCGUCUUAAUUCAAGGAACCGGCGGUGUGAGCAUGUUUGCGCUUAAACUUGCUAGGGCUUCCGGUCUUAAGGUCAUCGUCAGUUCAUCAAGCGACAAGAAAUUGGAAGAGUUGCGAAGCCAAUACUCUGAGCCUCUGCUCUCAACAGUAAACUAUGCUACAUUUCCAGAUUGGCACGAAAAUGUCCUGGAUAUUACCCAAGGAGUGGGUGUUGAUCUCGUCAUUGAAGUAGGUGGCUCACAGACCUUGAUAAAGAGCCUGAAAUGCACUCGGCGUGGUGGUAUCAUUAGCCAAGUCGGUUAUCUCGGAAAGGAGAGCGCAAAAGAUCUUGAUGAACUAGUGCCUCUGCUCAUCGAUCGGAGAGUAAAUCUCAGGGGUAUAAAUGCCGGCUCCAAACAAGAUCUUGAUGAUCUUUGCAGUGCUAUGUCAGCAGUAGAGAUGCGUUUGAACGACAUUGUCGAUUCGAAGUUCCCAUUCGAGAAGGCCAACGAGGCGAUCGAAUACGUAUGGCAAGGGAAACAGGUUGGGAAGGUUGUUCUUGGCGUCAAUGGGAGUUGUUAG